AUGAAGUUUGUAAUCGUUUUAACUGCUGUUUUGGCUUUGGCCACGGCUGCCACACUGCCGUCUCAAAAAUUGGACAGCCAAAAUGAAUUGUUCGAAUCGAAUGAAAACUACGAUUACAACAAAUACACCCAAGAAAAGGAAGAAUGCGAUUCUAUCGCAAACUCUUUCAACGCCAUCGUAAACGUCAUAAGGCAAUACAAAAAUGACGUGGCCAAACCCGACAACUCUAGAUUUAACGUAAUUUCUGUCUCAGACACCGUAAACAUCGGCUUCAACGCCGACACGUUCUUGACCGACGUCCGCGUCAUGGGAUUAAAUAAUUUGAACAGCCAAAAUAUAACCAUUAAAUGGGGAGAAGAUUUGGUCCACGUCACCAAUAGCUGGGAAAAACUCGCGGUCAACGGAGUGUUCCAUUACACAAACACCGUAGCCAGACAUAGUGGAAUAUUCCAUUUAGACAUUAUCGAACCUAAAUACGAGGGUGAAACUAUACUCACAAAAAACUCGAACGUCUACCCAUUGAUGUCGACCGUCGGUUCCGUUAAGUUCGAAAAGUUCAUCGUCAACCACACCAUGUUGCCGGAAGUGUUUCAAAAUGAUAAACCACAAUUUGAUUAUUUUGUCAAACACACCAUACCCCAAUACGUAGCCACSGCUAAAGUCAACGACAUGUACAACGACGUUGCUCUGCAAAUCAGACGGGUUGUCAAGCCUUACAUGGUAUACAGGAGCAACAAAAUCACCAGCGAAACCGCGUUACCGAUGAUCGGUAAUCUAGCCGACGGAUUCCGUUUCGAGUUAAAAAACAUCGAUUUCGACAACUCCAAGAACAACUUGGCCAAGAUUCCAUUCGUACAGGUGAUCAAGACCAACGAGAAAUGUAUCGCCAAAAUCGAACUCCGCCUGUUGGGAUUGACUGGAGAAUUCGAAAUCGUCAUGAUGUCACCCAAUGGCAAGAGUAACAACCGUAGGGCUACGUACACAACCGACGCCGUCAAGGUGGUUUGCAACUUGGACUUCGUCGGAAACAGUGUUCACACCAUGGUUCACGUCACAAAACCCCAGAUCCACUUCACGUCGACCGACUCCGAUUCCGCUGUCAACUGGUCCGACGUUCAAAAACAGUUGGUCCCCCACUUCGACGCUUACUUCAUGAGCACCCUCGAAAAUGCCAUCAACCGCAACGUUCAACAGUCCAUGAUGUAA